GCCCAUAAGUAAGCGUUUCACUGUUAGUCUACACCUGUUGUUUACGAAGCAUGUGACAUAACAUUUUGAUUUGAUUGUGAUUGAUUUGAAGAAUGUGGUAUGUCAGAAAUAAAGGUUCUAAAUUAACGGACGAUUAAACAAACAAACAUAAACAUACGAAGUAAAGGUACACAGAUGGCAUUUCUACUGGAGUCUAUCCUGGCAGGAGAGAGAUUGUUUUGGUAUACCUAUAAGGCAUAGUCUUACCCUUGGAGAGGGGGAUGGGGUGAGAUGUUUUUGUUAUUUUGGCUCUCCCCCACCAUGUACAUACCAGAGGCAGAAAAAAAUAGCAGAAACGACAUGCAAGCGAGAAAAACAAAGACCCAACUCCAUCAGACACAUCGCAGAAUUCUAUAGAAAUCCCCCCAAAACUGCCCUUUUUUUUGGGAUAGGCCUACAUAGAUUAAAUGAAAAUAGUUUUUUGCAGCAAAAGACGGGAAAGGGGGAGCGCAAGGGGGAUGUAGCGCGUAGACUAGAGAUCAUAUUACAGUUUCAGACUUUUCAUGGCAAGUUUGGGGGAAGUGGGGGAGGGUGAAUCUGUUACUUUGUCGAUUUGAUUUCUUUUUAAUAGGCCUAUCCAACAAAAACAGCGUAAGGAAUAGUUCCACUUGAUUUUAAUUGAAUAUCAUGCAUGCAUAUUUUUUGGUGGCGAUCGGAUUGUGGGAAUUCCAGUGAUAAAUGAAGGAUUGUACAACAAAUGCAAAAUGAAAAAGUUCGGGAGUGCGUGAAAACUGGGACAACGUUUCGUUUCAUUGUAUCAUAAUUUUACAUUCGGCAUCAAAUGAACAAGAGCACUUCGUGCGAUUUUUAUUAACGGUUACAUUUUAGAUUACUGGAAUACAAAUAACCAUUUUUCCCCCUGGAUACAAAGUUGCACCGUUGAAUCUCCAAGAUGUCUUCCCAUGGCCGGAGUUCCAUUGUUGGUGGGUUCGGGAUGCUUUGCGUUUGGGCUGCCUCCUUUCUGGUUACUCAUGCGGUAACGGUCCAGAGAAACGAAACAAUUUUCAAUGAUUUCUGCAAGAAAACUACAACAUGUGAAGUGCUUAAAUAUAAUACAUGUCUUGGGUCACCGCUACCGUACACGCACACGUCUCUUGUCUUGGCUGAAGACUCAAGUACCCAAGACGAAGCGUUUGAGAAGUUGGCCAUGUGGUCUGGUCUGAGGAACGCCCCUCGGUGCUGGGCGGUCAUCCAGCCCCUGCUGUGUGCCGUCUACAUGCCCAAAUGUGACAACGGGCAGGUGGAGCUUCCCAGCCAGCACCUGUGCCAGGCUACGCGUCGCCCCUGCAGCAUUGUGGACCAGGAGAGGGGCUGGCCCAACUUCCUCAAGUGUGAGGAGACUGACAAGUACCCCAUGGGCUGCACGAACGAGGUGCAGAAGCUGAAGUUCAACACGUCGGGACACUGCGAAGCCCCCCUGGUGAAGACAGACGUUCAGGCCAGCUGGUACAAAGAUGUGGAGGGCUGCGGAAUCCAGUGCAACAACCCCCUGUUCACUGACGAGGAGCACUCGGACAUGCAUGCCUACAUCGCUGUGUUCGGCACCGUCACCCUGCUCUGCACCUUUUUCACUCUGGCCACCUUUCUGGCGGACUGGAAGAAUUCAAACCGUUACCCCGCCGUCAUCCUCUUCUACAUCAAUACCUGUUUCUUCAUGGGCAGUAUCGGCUGGCUGGCUCAGUUCAUGGACGGAGCUCGCAAAGAGAUUGUAUGCAAGAGUGACAACACCAUGCGUUUAGGGGAGCCCUCGUCUACCGAGACUCUGUCGUGUGUCAUCAUCUUCAGCCUCGUCUACUACUCUCUGAUGUCUGGGGUGAUCUGGUUCGUCAUGCUGACCUACGCCUGGCACACGUCCUUCAAGGCCCUGGGCACCACCCACCAGCCCCUGUCGGGCAAGACCUCAUACUUCCACAUGGUCACAUGGUCCGUCCCAUUCAUCCUCACUGUGACUAUUCUAGCCACCGCUGAGGUGGAUGGAGACUCUGUCAGUGGGAUCUGUUUCGUUGGCUAUAAGAACUACCACUACCGCGCUGGCUUUGUGUUGGCUCCCAUUGGAGUUGUGCUUGUCAUUGGUGGCUAUUUCCUCAUACGAGGAGUCAUGACGUUGUUCUCCAUCAAGAGUAACCACCCGGGUCUUCUGAGUGAGAAGGCUGCGAGCAAAAUCAACGAAACAAUGCUAAGACUUGGUAUAUUUGGAUUCCUGGCGUUUGGCUUUGUCUUAAUCACGUUUGGCUGCCACUUUUACGACUUCUUCAACCAGGCUGAGUGGGAGAAGAGCUUCAGAGAAUAUGUGUUGUGCGAGGCCAACGUGACGAUCGCUCAUCAGACCAACAAGCCGAUCCCAGAAUGUACCAUCAAGAACCGUCCCAGUCUACUAGUAGAAAAGAUUAAUCUGUUCUCCAUGUUCGGCACGGGCAUCGCCAUGAGCACCUGGGUGUGGACCAAGGCCACUAUCCUCAUCUGGAAACGCACCUGGUGCAAGGUUAUCGGCCGUAGCGACGAUGAGCCCAAGAGGAUAAAGAAGAGCAAGAUGAUAGCCAAGGCCUUCUCCAAGCGCAAGGAGCUCCACAAAGACCCGGAGAAGGAGCUGUCCUUCAGCAUGCACACUGUCUCCCAUGACGGGCCAGUAGCUGGAAUCAACUUUGACCUGAACGGGGAGCCAUCCAAUGAGAUGUCUUCAGCCUGGGCCCAGCAUGUGACCAAGAUGGUGGCCAGGAGAGGUGCCAUUCUGCCGCAGGACAUCUCUGUCACCCCUACAGGGACACCUGUUCCACCGCCAGAGGAGAGGAAGCUGUGGAUGGUGGAGGCGGAGAUCUCUCCUGAGAUGAUGAAGAGGAAAAAGAAGAGGAAGAAGAGGAAGAAGGAGGCGCGUCCUAUGGAGGAGCUGGCCGAACACCAGGGCUACCGUCAGCGAGAGUUUGGCACCAGCUCGGUGCCACGGCUACCCAAGCUGCCCGGCCACAGGAGCCUGGUGGCCAAUCUGAGGCAGCACCAGGAGGAGGCUGAGGACGUCCUACCAGGCUCUUACCCUGAGUUUAGGCCCUCUCAGCCCCUGCCCUACCAGGAGAGGUACGGAGGAGCCCUGGGGCCCUCCUCUAGCCAGAGGAGCAGGUACCCUGACCUCAACCCCCUCUCCCUCAGCGACCUGCCUGAGGACCUUGGCCUGGGGCCCCGCUGCCGCCCCCAACAACCACCCCCCUCCUCCUGGCAGCACAAUGGAGCGUUCCGCUACUCCGGGGAGGUGGCGCCUAUGGCAGGGGGGUCUGGGAGGACGGCCCACGUGGGGAGGUCGCAGGGGGGUCAAAGGAGGGCGGAGUGGGGGCAGAUCCACUCUAGAACCAACCUGAUGGAGGCGGAGCUUAUGGACGCUGACUCUGACUUCUGAGAGCGACCAUGUAUGGUUGUGGGGUUUUGUGUUUUUUUUACAGACUGUAAGCUAGAAGUGCUGGAUACUUACACUUAUGGUGCUCCCUUGUCACUGCCCAACAGUCAAGAUGAAACAGGACUCAAGUCAAGUUAAUUGGUCAGAUCUGUCUCAUUAAAAGGGAAGGGCUAAAGGAGAACUGAUCAGGCCAAGGGUGAGUUUCAUGAAAGCUUCUUGACUUAUGUCCCACUGGGCACAAACUGGUUGAAUCAACGUUGUUUCCACAUCAUUUCAACCCCCCAAAUCAACGUGGAA